AUGGCCAACAAUCGCAUCCCGAUCAACUACGAAGUGCCGGCGUUCCCUUCGCUGUACGAUCCGCUGCCAUCACACGAUAAGGAGGCGUAUUACCUCUAUUACAAGCACGACAUCUGGCGUUUUACCUUGUACUGGACCUUGGUGUUCUAUGGCGCCACUCAUCUGACGGUCGCCGGAUGUGCGGUGUUGACGCACUUCCGCAAUUGGAGCAUCAUCUGGAUCCUGCCGCUAUUAUAUAGUGUGGUUGCCGGGUUAGAAGGGUUAUUUGCCGGGAGUAUUGUCGGGCUUAUUCUCGGCGCUGUUUACGAAGCAGGCAAUUUUCGCAUGUCGACUUGGCUGCCGAUGAUCUGGGGUGGCGUGAAUGUCAUGGUUCUCAUCAUGACGAGUUUUCCUAUGCAGGGUGGUCUUUGA